AUGGUCUCACCUGCACAAGAGCAGCAGAUCGCCCAUAGCGUGGAACGGUUUCUUUCGAGUGAUGCGGCGCCUCUAUCCGACUACGACCGCGUAGUUUCGCGUCUUCUGCACGAUCGACUCUCGUCGUACUUUGAUGCCAGCCAAUGGCCUGUGCAACGACUCUUGGACUGUCUCAAAACGCUUUACGAACCUGUCUCUCAAGCCGACACAACCCCCGACACCGAACCCACCACACCUCCUCUGAGCUCCACCUGCGUUAUCGCCCAUCCCCCGGCUCAGCACCAAUCGCCUCGCUCGAGUAGGGCAAAGUCUUGCGUAUCAGGCCUUCGUCAGCUCAAAUGUUGGCCUGAUCUCAUUGCGCAUCACAAUUUUAUCUGGAAUGUCAUUGACAAAACGAGGAUUUUCAAGCCCAAUGUCGAAAUUUUUGCUUCAAGCAUCUUGGACGAAAGCAUUUGGAAGCAGCUUGUCGCUCACAUUCCAGAGCUAGAGGACGCCGCCGGUCGCCCGACUCAGUUUGUCUCGGCCUUGGCUUCGGCCUACUCUCACCUUCACACUUCAACCGCCUCCUUCGACUCCGAGCACGACUGUCUCGCGCUUGUGCUCGUCCACGCCGUCGUGUCCCUGCCCGUCAGCCCCAGAACGGCUGAAGUAGCAGACAGCAACGAUCAUUUUGCUUCCCAGUUCGGACGCACGUAUCGCGGGGAUGCGCACAGACGCUUCCUCGACUUUGUCUCGCAACUUGACCACGACUACGACCAGCUCGACAAGACUGAUCGCAAGCCUUAUUACCGAGGCACUCCCAUCGUCCAGUCGAGCGGUACAGGCAAAACGCGCAUGGUUCUUGAAUGCCGCCAUUUGACGCCUCUGCUCUACGUCUGCUUUCGUUCGAACGACGCUGUUGCCAACGCUAAGGCUGGCUUCCCUUUUCCCGAUAACGGCGUCGUUCCCUUUUUCACAAAGGCCCACCAAUCGCAUCCAGGCUUGUGCAAUCUCCACGUCGCCUGCUUCCUCGGCGCGUGGUUUCAACAGCUUGCUCAGAAACUCGACGAAUGCCCCACCGACCAGGACAAGCUUUGCCGUCUCUUGGACCUUAAUCGCCUCGACCAGAGUUAUGGUGAAAACAAACAGCGCCUCGAGCUUUUCGCAGACAUUUGCGAGCAGGCCAAGCUCCUUAUAGGCCGAGCACCCGGGAACUUGCUCAAGGAGAAACAGUACCAGGAGAUCUUCCAGCAUUACAUCUACCCGCCCUAUACGUACCUCCAGCAACAGGUCAGCCGUAUCUCGCUCCACAUGCAAUCGCUUCGCCACCAAACCGGUUCCGCAACACGUGCGCCUCCAGUGAUCGUAGCUGUCGACGAGUGCGUCGAGAUGAACGUUGUUGGAGAAAACGGCGGAAACAAUCCCCUCAACAGCCUUCGUCGAGCGUGGUGCUAUCUCAGCGAUGUCCAAGCUCGUCAAAGGGACACGACCUUCUGGCUUGUGCUCAUGAGCACCAGCAGCAGUGCUGCUGAUCUCGUCGAGCACAUUGAUGCUCAAACGUCGAUUCGUAGCAAAGAUGCGGUGCCACUUCCAACCUUUGUUGGCGUCGGCUUUGACACGCUCGUGACAGAGCAGCAGAGCCUCUGUCGCGCUUCGGAAGCGUUUAUGAAAGAACACAUCAUCACCUACGGACGGCCGCUGUGGAGUUCCCUCGAAAAACGCGGCUUCUGGGACUUUGUCAAGGACAAGUUGACCGGUGGCAAAGCGUUUUCCAUUGAAGACGCGGCACACUGCUUCAGUAUUCUGGCUUCGCGGCUUGCGCUGAGCCUUGUUCCCACCUACUCGUCCAGCUCACCCCUGUUUGCGAAGCAAAAGGUGUUCAUGGACAUGGCCGUCGACCGUCACAUGCGCAUCGUCAACCAUAUCACCGACGAGGCCGCUAUGUACAUUCAUUCGCCCUCAGAACCCGUGUUGGCUAUUGCUGCCUCGCUCUGCAUGUUGUCUUCUCCUUUCCAAGGAGAACUUUCGAUCAUCAAAGACAGCAGCCAGCCGAUAGGCGACAGGUACGGACCCAUUCUAGAGAAUUUCUGGCGACAAUGCCUGCUGGACCCGGUCAUUUCUUCGCUCAAAGGCACCUAUGGUGAGCUUGCCUCGCGUCUCGCCUUGAUGGUAGCUUGCGACGCUGCAAAGCGCCAACGGAUCAAUGACCUCGAGCCGGGCCACACAGGUAGUCUCGAUCUCGCGGCCAGCAUCAUCAGCCAAGCUGUGCCGCUCGAAACCGUCCUGGCAGGCCUUGCCGAUCUCGACCAGGGCCAUUUUGCACAGCUCCGUCAACGCAUUCGAAACGUCUAUGAUGGUGGCUGGCGAAAGGGUCUUUUUGCGAUGUCACGACAAGGUGGGGUGACGGAUGAAACGCCUCCAGCAUAUAUCCACUUCACGCACUUUGAUGUGCUACCUAACGAGAUCAUGGAGAUUACGCCCGAAUACUUGUGGUACUGCUGGAAGCGUGGAGUCGCUCUGCAGAUGGCGCACGACCAGCACGGCAUCGACGGCAUCAUCCCCGUCUUCAUGGGCCGUCUCGACCAGCCUUUUGCUGAAGCGGAUGCAAAUGACAGCGUGGAUGGCGACAGCGGUGCCAGCCGCCUCGAGAAGCACGCCGCACGCUACAUGACUUAUGUUGCCUGGGAAGCCAAGAACCAAGCUGCUCCACAGACGACAGAGUGCGAUCCAUUCAAAGCGGCCAAGCUUGCGGGGCCGCGCCUCCUUCGCCCUUCGGUCACUCCGUCAGAACAGGAGCCACUUACCCAGCGCGCUCUGAUCAACGUGCUCCUCGAUUUGGGCACCAAAUCUUCGUUCAGUAACGCACCUCGAGGCUUGCGACCGCGACUGCAGCCCAUCACGGGUCAGGAUUGUCCUCGUCUCUCUAUCCGAGGAGUGCUCGACAAGCACGCCUACCCUUGUCUCGACUUUUUCCAGAUCCGCCCGAUUUUCCUCAAGAUCCUGACUGCCGAUCUCACCUCCCACGGCCAUGGCCAUCUCAACACCGUGUUGAAUCCUGUGUGGAAUCAGCAAGUACAACCGAGCCUGCCCUCGGUCUCGGGUGCAUUCACUGAUCAGGAGCAACGUCAGACGUCCGAGAUCACCAUGGACCUCGACUGA